AUAAUCCGAUAGUAUCAUUUUUAUAGUUAUUGUAUUUCAGAUAGAAGAAAACGAAAAAACAUAAAUCGUUACGAUCCGAGUAAAGUUUUUAAGCAUUCGGUCAAUUACUUAGGAUUUUUUUAUUUAUCGUUGUUUCGAUACUGAUUUGCAACCAAGCGCAUUACUUCGUUUUUGGAAAUUCAUCUGUUUCGUGUGGGCAUCACGGCUGUUGUCUAGUAUUGACAUCUACUAGACACUAGUUUUGAACAAUGGACGUAUGCACUAAUGGUGAUUCGAUGGCCGUUAGCGAAGAUUUAUCAUGGGCCUUGCAAAUCGGUGACCUGGAUACGGUGAAGGAGCAAGUUCAAAGGCUUUGUAAAGAAAAUGGGAGUUGGAAUAUAAAUAAUUCUACCAACGGAAGAACAAUGCUUCAUAAAGCUUGUGAUUAUGGGCAUUUAGAUAUUGUUGAGUAUUUGAUUCAAAAUGGUGCUGAUAUUAAUAAAAAAGAUAAUUUUGGUAUCACUCCGUUAUUGUGUGCCUUAUGGGAAAAUCAUUUGAAAGUGGCUAAAUACUUGAUCGAUAAGGGAGCAACAACAACACUAUUAACUCCAGAAGGUUUGAAAUAUUAUGAAUGUAUCGAAGAUUUGGAAAUGAUAAAUUUAUUAAAACAGCUAGAAACACAGUAGAUUUUUGUAAGCAUCGCUAAUUAUACUGCAUUACUUAUUCAACAUUCUAAUCUCUUUUAAAAAUUGUUAGACACAUAAUAGAGAUACAUUUGUUAUUUUGUAUAGUGUCAUACGUAAAGUGGGUAUUGGAUAUCAUAUAGUCAAUAUGUUCAUGGUUAUGUUGUAUAUUAUUUAAAUAAUUAUUUAUUGUUAUUAUCGUAUAAAUGUAAGGGAAGUGACAAAAUUAUUUGUAUUGUAUCAUUGCCACAUUAAAUUAUUAGAUUUCUUAUGUCAUAACGUUUGUUUAAUUAAAUUAUAUAUUUUUGUCGAUAUUUCUGUUGGAUCAUAGUUUGGGUGGUUUUGUUCAUGAAAAAUAAUUCUAAUAGAAAUAUAAUGACAAUAAAUUUAGUAAUAUAUUGUAUCUAUGAAUUUAAACAAUUUAUAAACAAAUAAUAUAAACUCUAUACUGAUAUACCAUAUUAUGCUCUUAUAUAGGUAUAGGACAUUAUUUUGUAUUAACAUAGUGUAAUGUUAAUACUACAUUUUCUCUGUGUAGUAGGUAUUAAAUGGAUUUUACGUAUCAUAAUUUUUGCAUAUAUUAUGUUAAAGUUUUUCAUUGAUAUUUUUACUAAAUUUUUGAACUUUUAAAGUGUUUAACUUCAUGUUUUGUAUUUAUGGUUGUGUAUCAGAGUAACAUAAAAAAUGUAAUAACUAUUUUCAAUAUUAUUGUAAUUUAUAGUUUAUACUGGAUGUUAAUAUUAUUUUUUACAUACAUUGGUUGUGAUUAACUAUUGAUAUUUAAACGACCACUUCUACUACUACUAUUAAAGUAUUAUUUUUUUCUUCACUUUUAUUAAUUAUUUAUGAAAUAUUUGUACUGUAUUGUUGCAAAAAAUUAUUUUAAAAUAAAUUUUCACUUUUAAUAACAUAAUUUUAUUUUUAAUCGUAAUAUUUUAGUAGUAUUGUAACCAUUUUUGUUACAAAGUGUUUUUUUUUAUAAUACAUUUUUUUUUAGAAAAUAUUAAAAAAUUAACUACCUAUAUGUAUUGUAUUUUUUGAUUAUUUAUAAUUUAACCUAUGUUUAUAAUAAAAACAGAAUAAGUUUCAGAUUUUAUUACUUAAGUACAUAACAAUUAUAGUCUAUAAUUAAUGUAUAUAUUGGGAGAGAACUUAUUUAGGUAAUUUUCGAAUUUUAAUGAAUGCACUCUAAAGUAGUUAAAAGAAAAUUAAUAAUCCCACAUAAUGAAAGUCUAUAUACACCGCGUGGUUAUCAAUCCAGAAAAAAUAACAUAAUGUGGAAGAAAGGCUUGUGGCAUAUGUCAAAAUGGAGACAAAGCUGAGUAGCUUCAAAAGUUUUUUUUUACAUUUAUAAACACUGAGCGAUGCACUCAUAAAAUUCGAAAAUCAUCUAAAUAAGAGCCACCAUAAUAUAUGUACAUUUUUUAUUAUUAUGUUAUACUUUUGGUAUUGAUGAACAUUAAAGGCUUAGAAAA